GAUACUGUGUCUAUGAUUGUACGCACGUAUUCGGCUGCUGGAGUCUGUCAGUGACAGAUUUUGUUCUAAUAUUUCUGGUGUAAAUAUAGAACUGAUAAUGUUAAAAUAUUAAUAAGCGUAGCACUUAAGGGUAGUUUCAUAACAAGAAUCUAAAGACUGCUUACAUAGUUUCACAGAAGUAAGAAAGUAUAUAUUAGCCUUAAAAAUGGUAGUCAGACAGUAUAACGAAGAACUGAAGUACUUAGAAAAGAUAGAUGAGAAUAGUUGGAGGAUCAAGAAAGGUUUUCAACCUAAUAUGAAUGUCGAAGGUGUAUUUUAUGUAAAUAAAACACUAGAACGUUUGAUGUUUGAUGAAUUAAAAAAUUCCUGCAGACCUGGCAUGGUAGGAGGUUUUCUACCAGGAAUGAAACAAAUUGCUAAUGUAGCUGCGCUUCCUGGAAUUGUCUGGAGAUCCAUUGGAUUGCCAGAUGUUCAUGCUGGAUAUGGUUUCGCUAUUGGCAAUAUGGCAGCAUUCGACAUGAACGAUCCAAAGUCAGUAGUAUCGCCCGGUGGAGUGGGAUUUGAUAUUAACUGUGGUGUACGCUUAUUAAGGACCAAUCUGUUCGAGGAGGAUGUUUUACCUGUGAAGGAGCAACUUGCACAAAGUAUGUUUGAUCACAUUCCUGUUGGUGUUGGUUCUAAAGGAAUCAUACCAAUGAAUGCCCGAGACUUAGAGGAAGCUUUGGAAAUGGGCAUGGACUGGUCUCUCAGAGAAGGCUACAUCUGGGCAGAAGAUAAAGAACAUUGCGAAGAAUAUGGUAGAAUGCUGAAUGCGGACUCUUCGAAGGUAUCCAUGAGGGCUAAAAAACGAGGACUUCCACAGUUAGGAACCUUAGGAGCUGGAAAUCAUUAUGCUGAGAUUCAAGUGGUAGAUGAAAUUUAUGACAAAUGGGCAGCAUGUAAAAUGGGGAUAGAAGAGAAGGGUCAAAUCUGUGUUAUGAUCCACUCUGGUAGCCGAGGAUUUGGUCAUCAAGUUGCUACUGAUGCACUCGUUCAAAUGGAGAAAGCUAUGAAGAGAGAUAAUAUUGAAACCAAUGAUAGGCAGUUAGCUUGUGCUCACAUUAAAUCUCAAGAAGGUCAAGAUUACUUAAAAUCCAUGGCGGCGGCCGCCAACUUUGCUUGGGUUAACAGAAGCUCCAUGACAUUCCUCAGCCGUCAAGCCUUUGCAAAACAGUUUAGGAUGUCUCCAGAUGACUUAGAUAUGCAUGUUAUAUACGACGUCUCCCAUAAUAUUGCAAAAGUGGAGGAACACAUGGUCGACGGUAAACAGAAGACUCUUUUAGUCCACAGGAAGGGAUCCACGAGAGCAUUCCCACCACAUCAUCCCUUAAUUCCAGUAGACUAUCAACUCACAGGUCAGCCGGUUUUGAUCGGUGGUACCAUGGGAACAUGCAGUUAUGUUCUAACUGGUACCGAGCAGGGUAUGAAGGAGACAUUUGGCUCGACUUGUCACGGAGCAGGAAGAGCUCUGUCCAGAGCAAAAUCGCGAAGAAAUAUAGAUUACAUGCAAGUUUUACAAAAGUUAGAGCAACAGGGAAUAUCCAUAAGAGUCGCAUCACCGAAACUAGUAAUGGAAGAAGCGCCAGAAUCCUACAAAAAUGUAACAGACGUUGUGAACACAUGUCACGCAGCGGGCAUAUCUCGGAAAUGCAUAAAGUUACGACCAAUUGCAGUUAUAAAAGGAUAACGUUGUUUAUAUAUCUAAGGCAUGCGGUUUGUAUUGUUAAUUGUGAUUUUCAAUUAUUGCUUGGAGUUCCAGCAGAGCCAUAAUCAUUGUCAUGAAUGAACAAGAUCUGUAACAUUAUGAUUUAAAAUAUUUAAACAGUUAAUACUUAUUACUUUUCGUAACUUAUGGAAAUAUAAUAAAUAAUUUAUAAGAAAUAACCCGCUAAAA